AUGGCGUCGUACCGGCCACCGCAUCCUCCUCCUCCUAUCCCUCCGCCGUCUCAAAAUCCCUUACCUCCGCCGUCGCAUCGACCUUACUCUUAUCCUCCGCCGCCUCAUGCUUACUAUCCUCAGCAAUUUAACCAGCUUCAAGCUCCUCCGCUUCCUCCUCCUCCUCCUCCACCCUCAGCUCCUCCUCCUCUCGUACCCGAUCCUCCUCCUCGCGACAAAGGGGCCUCGAAGCCGAUUUCUGCGCCUGCUCACGGAGUUCCAUCGGAGCACCACAGGCCUCGUAUUAGGAAUCCCGGUGAAGAAGAGAGGAGGCUUAGGAAGAAGAGGGAGCUUGAGAAACAAAGGCAAGGAGAGAAGCUUAGACAGCAGAUGAAAAGUUCUCAGAUGCCCAAGGAACAUAGCUCCGAGAAGAAGCCUACGCCUACGCCUCUACUCACCACCGAGAGGGUCGAGAAUAGGUUAAAGAAACCAACCACCUUCAUCUGCAAGCUCAAGUUCCGGAAUGAGCUCCCUGAGUCUGCACAGCUUAAGCUCAUGACCAUUAAGCCAGAUAAACAUCAAUAUACAGAUUACACCACCACAUCGCUGGAGAAAUCAUGGAAACCAAAAAUCUUUGUCGAGCCUGAUCUUGGAAUACCCUUGGACCUGCUUGACCUAAGUGUAUACAACAACCCACCCAAAUCCAAGGCGCCUCCUCUUGCCCCUGAAGAUGAACAACUGUUGCGUGAUGAUGACGAUGAUGCUGUUACAACCAUUAAGAAGGAUGGCAUCAGGAGAAAAGAAAGACCAACUGAUAAAGGUGUUUCCUGGCUUGUGAAAACACAAUACAUUUCUUCCAUUCACAAUGAAUCGGCUAGACAGUCUCUGACUGAGAAACAAGCAAAGGAACUGCGAGAGAUGAAAGGAGGCAUCAGCAUCUUGCAAAAUCUUAACAAUCGGGAGAGACAGAUCAAGGAUAUUGAAGCAUCCUUCGAGGCCUGCAAAUCUCGACCAGUUCAUGCUACCAAUCAAAACUUGCAGCCAGUUGAAGUGUUGCCACUAUUGCCACAUUUUGAUAGGUACGAUGAGCAUUUUGUGGUAGCGAAUAUUGAUAUUCCUACAGCUGAUUCUGAAUCCUUUGGCAAGUUGAACCCUUCAAUUCGUGAUGAAUAUGAGUCACGGGCCAUUUUGAAAAGCUAUGUGGUGGGUGGAUCAGAAAAAUUUCUAGCGUACAUGGUUCCUUCCUUGGGUGAGUUGUCUAAGGAUAUGCAUGAUGAAAACGAGGAUAUCUCUUACACUUGGGUCCGCGAAUACCACUGGGGUGUAGGUGGCGAGGCAAACGAUCCUGGCAUGUUCCUGGUAUCGUUCGACGAUGGGACUGCUAGAUAUCUGCCCAUACUCACAAAGCUCAACUUGAGGAAAAGAAGAUUUGAUGAGAUUGAACACUUUCCCGUACCUUCAAGGGUGACUCUAAGGUCCAGAUCGACUGUAUCAGUGAUACAACAUAAAGACUCAGGGGUUUAUUCGAAUUCUAUGGAUGGUGCUUCGAGCUCCAAGAUGAGAAGGUUAGAGGACGAACAAGGCCUUGGUAGAUCUAAACACGAAGAUGCCAAUCAAUGUAGUGAUGGUAACGAGGAUGAUUAUUCAGACUGA